CUUACAAGUCCUCGAUUAUCCCUUAAAACUAUUCAAUUGAUCUUAAUACUUUAGAUUCCAAUUCUUACAACAUGCCCGAAUCAUUCGCCACCCUCCGCAAUCGUCGCAGCGACGAAUUGUCCCGUCUGGCCGAUGAACACCUUCAGCACGACUUGCGACAGGAAGACCGCGAUACUUUGAAGUCUGCAGCUUCGAAAGUCUCUCUUUGGACUGGAAUUGGCUCUGCAGUGGGAAUUGGACUGGGUCUCUAUGUCGCCUUUCGACUACGAAGCUCGCGCAAGGCUUUCUUCGAUGUUUUCCGCGCGCAGGAGAGACCCACACAAGUGGUCUUCGCCGAUGGUCGGACAGAGUCUAUUCCCGAUAUUACCCCCUUACUGAAGCCAACUACGCUUGGUGAUUUCGCAACGUACUUCUUUGCUUCUGCUGGUGGACUCUUUCUGGGUGGAGAGCUAGGCUUCUUGGGCGGAGCAGCUAGUGGCAGUCGCACGAUCACUGCUGACCCGGAACAGAAGAAGAGGAUUGAGACCGCUUUCCGGCGCUUCCGGGCCGACGUACUGCGCAAGGAAGCCGACGCAUUGGAUCACGGAGAAAGUGUUGCUGAUAAGAUGUUUUGAUCUCGGUGUUUAAUGUAUUAGUAGUAAUGGGUGUUGCAUGGUUCGGCGCAGACCUGAUUUGUCCAUUUACAAGUGCUCAGCACUUCGUAUGGUAACAUAUGAAAAAAAGCAUCCAUGGCGUAAUGCCAGAAUUCUUCAAAUUUUCAAACUUCCCAGGUAUUAUGGCAUAGAAAGUGCGUCAUUGGAAUGCUAAGACCCACUCGAGCGCACAGCUCCGAGUCAACCGGAAGAAUUUCGGGCUGUUUCCGAGAGAAUCCACUUCCGAGAUUAUAAAUCUUGGUCUUAUCUCACACAUAACCCUCCCUCUACCAGUUACUUGAUACAGAAGCUCUAGUUCCCCUUGUCAUAAUUAUACUAUCAUGUCUAAUCUCACAUUUUCGUGUGCUCUUGUCACCGGCGGAGGAGGUGGCCUGGGCAAGGCCAUAGCCGCGUACCUCCUAAGCAAAGGCAAAAAGGUCAUCAUCGCAGGCCGUACGGAGAGUACACUACGAGAGACAGCCAAAGAGAUCGGGGCAACGGACUAUUUCACCUUGGACACGGGCGUGACCUCACAAAUCCCAUCGUUUAUCAAAACCGUCACGGCAAAAUACCCCGACCUCGAUUGCCUGGUCAACAACGCUGGCGUGCAACGUCCACUAGAGGUCCUCAAAGACGAUCCAACCGACUUCCUAGCAAAGGCAGAUCAAGAGAUCGAUAUCAACAUCCGCGGGCCAAUGCAUCUUACUC